GUGUAUCCUUCCCUCUGUCCCCGUAGCGGGGCUGAACGAGAGCCAGGAAAAGGGGAAGGGCCUCGCUCUCCUCCUCUCCAGCUGACAAAAACAGCUGCCCAGGAGCCCGAGCUGGAGCCUGUUUAGAGGACAGAGAGGGAGAGGAGAGGGGAGCUGGGAGGACAGAAGGAGAGACGAGAGAGCGAGAGAGAGAGAGAGAGAGAGAGAGAGAGAGAGAGAGAGAGAGGAGGCGGAGGAGGAGGAUCAAGUCCCAGAGUCCAGGACCCCGUCCACCUAUAUGGGUUGCGUCCUGAGUUCCGACUGGUGCGGGGAGGAAGAGGUGCAACCGGUGCCGGUGGUCAGGAGCUCGUCUCUGAAGAGAAGGAGUCUGGAGAGGAGUGAGAGUGGCAGGAUGAGGCUGACAAAGGGGGGGAAGGGAGAGCCCCACGUCUUCAAGGAAAAGACCUUCAAGAAGAAGCGGCAGUGCAGCGUAUGUCGUCAGAACGUCGACAACGUGGGCUCCUUCUGCAGAGUAUGCAAGACAGCCACCCACAGGAAGUGCGAGGCCAAGGUGACCUCAACAUGUAUCCCACCUCCUUCCAAUGAUCUACAGCGUAGAGGGACCGCUCCUUCUCGACACACCCAGCACCUGGGGUCAACCAAGUCUCUGACCUAUACCAAACAGAGAAACACCCUGCCAAGAAGCUUCAGCGUGGACCGUGUGAUGGAGAGAGUGAUGGAGCGCCACUACGACUUCGACCUGACCUACAUCACUGAGAGGAUCAUCUCUGUUUUCUUUCCCCCGAAGCUGGAGGAGCAGAGAUAUCGUGUCAACCUUAAGGAGGUGGCUGCCAUGCUAAAGUCCAAACACCAGGACAAGUUUCUGCUCCUGAACCUCUCUGAGAGGCGGCACGACAUCUCCCGACUAAAUCCAAAGGUUCAUGACUUUGGCUGGCCAGACCUCCACGCGCCGCCACUGGAUAAGAUCUGUGCCAUAUGUAAGGCCAUGGAGACGUGGCUGACCUCUGACCCCCAGCAUGUGGUGGUCCUACACUGCAAGGGCAACAAAGGUAAAACUGGUGUGAUCAUUGCGGCCUACAUGCACUACAGCAAGAUCUCCGCAGGGGCGGACCAGGCUCUCAGUACUCUCGCCAUGAGGAAGUUCUGUGAAGAUAAGGUGUCCUCUUCCCUCCAGCCGUCCCAAAACAGGUAUAUCUAUUACUUUGGGGGUCUUCUGUCCGGGGCGAUCAAGAUGAACAGCAGCCCUCUCUUCCUCCACCAGGUUCUCAUCCCGUCACUUCCCAACUUCCAGGGUGAAGGAGGUUACUACCCCUUCUUGAAGAUCUACCAGUCCAUGCAGUUGGUCUACACUUCAGGCAUAUAUGACCUUCAAGGCACAGGAGGCAGGCGCCUGUGUGUGACCAUCGAACCGGCACUGCUGCUAAAGGGUGACAUCAUGGUCAAAUGCUACCACAGGCGAGCCCAAACUGCUGACAGAGACACUGUGUUCAGGUUGCAGUUCCACACCUGCACCAUCCACGGAUCCCAGCUUUGGUUCGGCAAAGGGGAGCUGGAUGAAGCUUGUAUUGACGAGCGUUUUCCAUCUGAUGCCACAGUGGAGUUUGUUUUUUCCUCUGGCCCUGAGAGAAUCAAAGGCCGUGAGUACCAGAAAAAUGACCCAGCUGUCACAGUCGACUACAACACUGCUGACCCAGUGGUUCGCUGGGAUUCUUAUGAGAACUUUAACCAACGAUACCAGGACAGUCUGGAGGAUAUUGCCCACACCAGAGGUCCUCUAGAUGGUAGUCUCUACGCUCAGAUAAAAAAGCGCAGAGGUCCCAGCUCUGGUUCUCUCAGCUCAACCAAUGGUGGCAACCUAGCGGCAGGCCUCUCAGAAGAUCAUCUCAUUGCUCAAGGUUCUGACUCUGCCCUCUCAGCCCAUUCCAGCCAUUUGAACCAAUCAUCUAUCCAUCCUGAGCACCAGGAGGAGCCUGUCCGCCCGCCGCCCCCAACCAGACAGGAAAGAGAGGAGCUUGAACGUCUUCUUGGAGGCAUCGAGGGGAACCGAGAUGGAGAGCGAGAAACGGCCAUCUUGGAUGAUGGAGAUUCUCUUCCAUCUGGAACACUGAGGCUUAAUCGGUCCUGUUCCUGCAGGGACGGCUAUAGGUCCCAGCGGUGUGCUGAGCCUGGCUGUGACCGUACCCUCCUCAUGCCCAAUGGUUACUGCCUCGAUCGGGCUCCAGGCACCAAUGGGCACCAUGGGGCAACCCCUUCUGCCAGCCCCAACCCGGCUGCUCCUCCGUCACACAUGGAUCUGUGCCAGCACUACAGCCCCCACCCUCACCAGACCCUUCCUCCUCCAGACCUGGUGUGGGAUCGCCAGAGUGGCCCACAGCACUACCUGCACCGCUCCUGCUCAGAUACCGCCUCGUCUCGACACAUGUGUCCAUAUCCAUCACCAGACCUCACCCCUCACUCUCACAACCACCCACAUCACCACCCUCUGUCUGCCCCGGGUCGCCUCUGCUGCCGAGAAGAGGACUAUGGUCCCUACCAUCACCCUCCUCCACCUCAUAGCCACCACCAUCCCCACCCACACCACCCAAAACCCUCCACCAGCCCCACCUACCAUGAUAUCAUGCUAAUGGAUGGUCUGCCACCACCCGGCUGCCCCUGCCGAGACUGCAGCAUUAGGAGGGAAGACUCUGCGGCCUAUCACAGCAUGAGGCUGGACCGAGGUGACAGCUUCCACUGGGACAGAGAGGCGGAGCUUCAGCAGAGGGAGGUGGGGCUGAGGAGAGCCAGAGAGGCGGACUUACCCAGAGGGCCAGACCUCCACUGGGAGAGGGAUCCUGGGCUGAGACGAGGUAGAGAGUUGUCUCUCCACUGGGAGAGAGACAGGGAGGCAGAGCUGCAGUGGGAGAGGGACAGAGAAGCUGAAUAUUGGCAUAGGAGGGCCACCGUAGCCUCCUACGGCCCACAGGGUCAUGAUCUUCCAGCCUUCGCUUUUGACCCAUUACCAUCAGGUCAUCCAGCUUAUCCAGAGGCGUCGAGGUCCAACGCUCAUUCCCACCUGGAUCUGAAGUACAGUAGCAGCAGCAGUGGAUACCAAACACCCCGGCAAGUAUUCCCCUGCUCGCCCUACCAGCCCUCACCGUCUGAAAGCAGGGGCUAUGCCUCGGGCUACCAGUCUGAGUCCACGUCCCCGCUGCCUCCAGCUUCCUCCAUGACGGGACCCUGUAGCCAUAGCAACGGGCAAGCAGAGCAUAACCACCACCAUCACCAUCCAGACUCACAGCAGUCAUACAGCUCUGACUCACACACUGACGGCCUAAGAAGCUCUGGUGAGAGUGUGGGCUGGAGGGAUCACAUCACUCACGGUUCCUUCAAGAGGGUCCACAGAGAUGGCCACGCUGCAUGCUCCACGCCGUCUGACAUGUCUGGACCGCCAACUCCUGUCCACACCAGCAGCCCUCUACGCACACAGGAAAGCCCAAGUCCAGGAGGGAGAGAGUAUGAGAUCCGGACAACGGACAUCCUCAGCAGUGACUACGAGGCCUCCCAGUCCCAGGACGGAAACUAUCGUACUGAUAUUAUCGUCCAUGAAUCUUCUGAAAGCCAAAAAAGCAGCACAGAGCCAUCGUCCAUGUCUCAGGCUGCCAAAGACACACCAGCCAUACCGAUACAUCCACAACCCCACAACCACUGCACUGUAACAACAGACACAUCCCCCACCUCUCCCCACCAGCAGCACUGUAGCACUGAUACACCCUCAGCUUCAGCAACACAGAACACCUCUUCUUUUAACUCUGCAACUACAGCCACAACAAACCAGGGAAUCUGCCAGGCUCCUUCAUCCCCAGAAAGACUCCCCCAACCUGGCCCCCUCAGUGUGCAGACCCCCCAUCCCUCAGAGGCUGCUUCCCUGCCUUCUAAUGUGGCACAGGAAGUUUCCCAGCCUCAGAGCCAGACUCAAACUCAAGCCUCAGGAAUGACCAGGCCGACCCCAGCACAGGUCAUCCCAUCUUCUCCAAACAGGGAACCUCACCCAGAAACCCCAAAACCCACCACCCUUACCCACAGCACCACAUCUGCCCCUGCAUCUCCAACCCCAGCAGCACCAUCAUCCCCACAGCACAUGUCCAGCAGUAUGGAAGGCUCCCCAGUCUCUGAUGCUCCAGUCCCUGGCUUUGCCACUUUGGGUAGGAAGUUGAUGUUGGGUGGGUCUGACCCCCACCAUCCGAACUACAUCCAGCAGCAAGGCCCCCCGCACCACCACUACCCGGGCAUGGAGCACAGUGCUGCUGGACAAGCUCCCACUCAGGACACCAACAAGAGGCCCUGCUACUCCGCUCACACUCCUCAACUCCACCCGUCCUCCUACUCCAACUAUUCCACAAUUUCCAUCCCCCUUCCUCACCCCCAGCCACCCCUGCCAGAGAAGCGUCAUCCACCCACCCAUCCAGGUUCACCCAACGAUGGCGUGGGAACUCUGAGGCCAGCUGUGGGCCAUGUGCCUCCCUCCACCAACAACACUGCCCAGCAUCAGCACCAUGUCACAUUCUCUCCCACGGUUGGGGAAAUUGCUCCCCCUGCAGGCCAAAAUGAUGGGGAGGAAUCUGUGGAGGCUGAGAAUGCAAACCGGGUCAGUGUGAAGUUUGUUCAGGACAGUUCAAGGUUCUGGUACAAGCCUGGCAUCUCCAGAGAGCAAGCAAUUGCAGCUCUGAAGGAGAGAGAGCCAGGGACUUUCCUAAUCAGGGACAGCAACUCUUUCCAGGGAGCUUAUGGCCUGGCUUUGAAGGUGGCUACACCUCCUCCCAAUGUCAGCAACCACAACAGCAAGGUGAGCGACCCUCUGGAACAGCUGGUCAGACACUUCCUAAUAGAAACAGGACCUCGAGGAGUGAAGAUCAAAGGAUGUCAGAAUGAGCCCUACUUCGGGAGUCUCUCUGCAUUGGUCUACCAACACUCCAUCACGCCCAUUUCUUUGCCCUGUGCUCUGAAGAUCCCAGAAAAAGAUCUGAUAGGGGAGGUGCCAGAGGUUCAACCAGUCAGUAACAUCAGCACGGCUGCUGACCUGCUAAAACAAGGAGCAGCCUGUAACGUCCUCUACCUGAACUCUGUGGAAACAGAGUCUCUGACCGGCCCCCAGGCCAUCGCCAAGGCAACAGAUGCUACACUGGGUCGCAACCCACGUCCUGCUGCCACUGUGGUCCAGUUUAAGGUGACAUCACAGGGCAUCACACUGACCGACAGUCAACGCAGGGUUUUCUUCAGGAGACAUUACCCAGUGAACAGCGUAACUUUCAGCAGCAUCGACCCUAAGGACAGGAGGUGGACUAACUCAGACAACACCACUGUUAAGGUGUUUGGCUUCGUAGCCAAGAAGCCGGGCAGCUUGGCAGAGAACGUUUGCCACCUGUUCGCCGAGCUGGACCCCGAUCAGCCCGCCUCGGCCAUCGUCAACUUUAUCAACAAGGUCAUGUUGUCGCCACGCCGGUAGAGGGAGACAAAGACAGGAAGCCGGACUCAGAGCAGCGACAUGCAGUGUGUAGUACCGACAAGGCUGUUGACGGCAGCGAUGGCCGAGAGCCACUGCUUUGUGUUUUCUGAUGUCAGCUUUGUCCAUCAGCAGCUGUGACAAAGAUUUCCAUUUUUUUUGUAAGACAUUUAAAAGGCAGUUGAUUCCUACAUCUGGUUUUUCAUUUGUACAGUUUCCACUCUUGCCCCUGUCCCUAAAGGGCUGGUUGACAGUAAAAUAGCACUACAUUUCCAAAUCUCUAAUAUAGUAAAGGAUUAUUAGAUGAAAAAAACACAGCGUUCAUGCACAGCCAUGAUGUUUAGUGUCACAGCUCCUCCGAGGACAGGGAGGCUACAGAGGAUAUCUCCUCAAUCCAAGAAAGAAAAAGCUUGCACAUCUACCAGGGGGCCUGUUUCAUGAAGACAGAUCACCAGCUGUUACUGGGCUGGAUUUAAGAUUCCUGACGUCAUGAAGCUGGUUCAGUACAGAGAAUUACAUUAAAGCGUGUUUGCAGGUCUUGGUGCCUACAUUACCCACAAUGCAAUUUAUCCAUUGAGUGAGACAAUUUGUCAUAUUACAUGCAGCUUCCUCUGGAUCCAGAAAAUAAUUUAUAGUACUUUUUCCACCCAUAUACAGCAGUACUCUUUUGUGCUGUAUGUUCCUUUUAAUCAAGGUUUAAUUUCUCUUCUUUAGGCUAUCUGAACUUUUAAAUUGUGUUUUUCACUUUUUUUGGUCAAUAUUGACAGUGAAGCUGCAGACUUGAAGUGUAGGGAGAGAGAUCGUGGGAACGAUAUUGCUCAGCGUGAGACAAAACACACCAAAAUGUGACUAAUUUUAUCUUUCAGCAGUGUUGGAAUCUUUUGGUGUGGUCUUUUGAUGCCAUGUGUGCACCUUCAUUUCAUCUCAACUCAUAUUAAAGGCCCAGAUUUUUGUAUCCCUGAAAUACAGGCAGGGCUCACUGAGAAAUAAAGUGGUGUUGCAUAGUUCUGUGCGCUGAUAAGGAUUUAGCAACAUGUUAAUCAGAAUCCGAUGGCAGUUGGUGGGGUUUUUUUGGUCAGUUUGGAAGAAAAUCUGACCGAACAACAACCACACAGAUAGACCAGAAUGUUUACUGUCACAUUCCUAACAAAGAUUGCCUAAAGAAAUGUUCUUCAAUUGUUGCUUUUGUCUAGAAUAUAAGGAAAAAUACAACCUGAUAACCAGCUUCAUGAUGCCACUUUUCCAGGAUCUGUCAGGUCAGGCUCAGAAGAAGCUUCAUGAUACAGGCUCCGGGUUUAAGUGAUGGUUAAACACAGCUUCUAUCAUCGUGCUCAGACUGGUGUUGGGUGUAACAGUGAUCGUAACGAAGCAGCUUUAAGGACACACAGAGAGACUGUGUGGCGUGAAUACAAAGAGGACAUUUCCUUGCACUGUUUUGGGGCAGCACAGCCUUAUUAAUGUUCAACAUUUUCGACAUAACUGCCUUUAAUAACAGCAGGUGUUUAUAUUUUGUAUUGUUAUAAAAUCCCUUAUUUUUCUCUGUAUAAAAAAGUGACCAAAGCCCUGAUGAUGUAAUUCAGUGUCCAUAUCUCGAGGUGUUCAGGUAUUCUGAUGUAUGUACAGCAUAUUUACAGCCACUCUUGCCUUCAACAGCACUUUUCUAAGUGUAACACAUUUAAUCAUAAUCGACAAUCGUGUUUUUUUUUCACUCACAUACACUUAAUAAUGGGAGCGAGAGAGAGACAUAACUCUAAUGAAAGUAAACAUGAAUGUGGGGUUUUUAACUUUUAAUGUGUGCGAGGGAGCGGAGUGAGUGAGUGUGUGUGUGUGUGUGUGUGUCGAGGGCGUUUAGGGGAACAUGUUGGAUACCGUUACGUCCACUUUUAAAGACAAGUAUGUGAAACGGGGAAAAAGCUGGACAGAGAAGGACGUGCAGUGUGAAAUCGCACCAUUGCCGUGAAAUGUUUGCCGUUCACUGCUUCACAUGUGACCAAAUUCAUUAGAAAAAAAACAUACACACGCAGAUAUGAAGUCAACAAAGACACACAGGUCAACACACACAAGCAAGCCAGCGACCUAAAGACAGACGUACAUAACCAAAGACGAAGCACUCUUGUAUUAAUAAGCGUUUAUCCAGCUAUAUUUUUGUACUUAUUGCUUCUUGUAUUUGUACCAUGCAUUUAUUUAGUGUGUUGCCUUGUUUGGUAAAAACCAAGAAAAACACUACUUGUAUUACAGCGAUAAUAUAUUGUGGUCUGUUUUCUCGUCGAUCUCUGUAUUAUGUAGUAAUAUAUUUUCACAUGCAGCUAUAGGACAGCGUAUGAGACAUUAAAAAGGAAGCAUUUUGUUUGUUUGAAAAAGGAUAUCAUGCUAUUUUGUAUGCAAAAACAAUUAUGAAUACAAUUAAACUGAAAUGAUGUGGUACCUGAA